AGCUGUCAAAAGUGAGCCUCCGCGAACUUCACUGCUGCGUGUCACCACAGGCAGGGGCAGAGGGAGGUCUAAACACAAGCGCAUUCCGACACCUUUCGCAACUCCGGUCAGGGCGCCUCACCUCAGCCCUGCGCGCUCCCGCAGUCCAGGCGGCUGUUGAGAUCCAUGGAAGUGGCCGGCUUGUACGAGGAGGGCGGCUUCGCGAUCCACGGCAGAGACAGCAUAAUCGCUCCCAUCGGCGGCGGCUCGUACUGGCGGCUCGGCGACUCGAUGACGGAGCUGGGCGUGGAGGAGCGGGAGAGAGCCAUAGACUUCAGCGUGUACCUGGACUCAGCCCUGCACUGCCCGCAGCAGCAGCAGCAGCCACAGCAGGGGGACGCGUACUCGGGCUUCCACGGGGACAGCAAGAUCAAACGAGCCACGGCUCUGCAAAACUACAAGAACUACUCGCUGCUGAACGAGCUGGAGGCGAGUCAGUGCGACAGCCUGCGGGAGCCCUACGGACUGGCGUACGCGGAGCUGCAGGAGACCCGGGUGGACAGCGUGCUGAGCCCGGACCUGGUGGGGAGCCGCUACAGAGCCGCCGCCGCCGCUCCGGCCGACAGGGAAGACAGCCAGGAAGACUCGAAAAUGGACAACGGCUCGUCCGGCUUCGACAUGAGGUCCUACCUGCAUUACCAGUCCGCGAGUGGCAGUCUGGGGAACAUUUCCACCGCGUCCUCGACCUGUUCCAGCCCGCCCGGCACACCUGCGCCGUCAGGUAACGGCAGGUCGCCGUCGCACGGCGGCAAGUCGUCCGGCGGCAAGUCGAAGAAGCGCCUGGACAAGGACAGCGACGAGUACCGGCAGAGGCGGGAGAGGAACAACCUCGCCGUGAGGAAGAGCAGGGACAAAGCCAAGAUGCGCAACAUGGAGACGCAGCAGAAAGUGCUGGAGCUGGCCGUGGAGAACGACCGUUUACAGAAGCGCGUGGAGCAGCUGUCCAGAGAGCUGGCCACGCUGCGCAACCUGCUCUCUGCCACCGGACAGUGUUAAAGACACCUGGGCUGCGCUCCGGGUGGACUUUCCUGAGCAGCACCGCGCUGAAAACAAAGGGUACUUCUCACCCACUGGUUUACAAGGACACUUUGAAUGAGACUGAACAAAGUGGGUGCAUGGGCUGCGCAACCAUCCACGACUCUUCCUUCACAUGUCAGCUUAGCUUUAUCCUCAGAUGUAAUUUUUUUUUUUUUUUGGUGUAUGCAGUAUUUCUGUGCAGGUUUUACAUCCAUUCCUGGUGAAUUUCUACAUUUUGUGUACACUGUGUCUGCAGCAAUGGCUGUCAGGGGAAGAGUUGUGCUGCAGUGAAAUGAUGCAACUAUUUGUAAUAGUAUUGGCAAUGAAUGAAAUGAGUCUAAUUAUUUAAUAUUAAAAGGUGAAAUGCUUUAAUUGUACUUGAUAUUUUAUUGAAUUAAAAAGAUUUAUACUUUGGUUAAA